UCUCUCUCUCUCAGUAAAUACAUACGUGAUGAAUCUUUGUACUGCUGUUAGGUUUUCAGUCUUCCAGAAAUACAGUAUAGAAUCUACACAAACAAUCAUGUUCUAACCUGAUCACUAUUUCUGAUUUUCUGUAUUUCUAGAUGUAAAGAUAGAAGAUUUAGGCGUUAAAUUUAUUGUUUCUCUACAAUUCGAAUGAUUUUCUGUGUUACCCAAGAAGACGACUCCAUGAUGACUUUAAGAAGCACCAGUGUUACAUUAGACUCGGAUUUAAUUGCAUAAGAAUUCAGUUGAUUUGAUAAGAAAAAAUGGUAAUUUGUUGCAAAUUGGUCUUUGUUUUAUUGCGGGGGAACGUCGGUAAGGGGAGACAACUGUUGGGUGCAUAUUUUCUGCAUCCAAUAACACAAACCAAUGGCUAAUUGGUUGAGCCUCGGGUACUUCUUUUGAAAGAUAGAGGUUAGAUUUAUCUUUUCUCUAACAGAAAUGCUAGUUGGUAGUUACUAGUUAUUUACUAAGCUCGAUAUGCCUACUGGAAAUCCUCGUAUUGUCAAGUGGGUACUAGUAUUGUUUCUCUUGCUAUUGAUUCGUAGUGCAUUGGGGACUCCGUACCGUUCGAUAAUGGUUAAUGCUUUGAGCCCAUGCAUGUGCCACAUAGGUGGAUCAAUCACAACAGUAAGAUGUUUUGUCUCGGGGUAAACUCAUAGUUUCUUUCAAUUCGAUUAGCUUCUUGGAUAACACUUGAUUGAAUGGAAAAAAUAUUGCAAGACUCUAUGAAGACUUGAAAGUAUAGGAAGUUGCAGAGUUACAACAGAACUCGGACUAAGAGGACAUAAGAAAUUAUUCCACACAAAGAAUUGCUGGAUCGGUAAUUUGUUGUAUAGUUGGCUUGGGGGAAAAUGGGGUAAGAGGGACAAUUGUUGGGUGCAUGUUUCCUUGAGAACCUGUCUUGUGAAAGAGUUAAGUUUGAUAUUUUCCCCGAACGGAGAAGGCUAGUUCCAUAUUAUGCUUGAUAUACCUACCGAAAAGUCAUGUGGGUACUAGAAUUGUGUCUAUUGACAUUGGUUUCAAUGGUGCUUUUUCUUCUGUCCAUUGAUAAAUAUAUAAUUUCUUGCGAUUACUUGUUAAGUGAUUACUGUCUAUAGGUUUGCCCCAUGAAGUCGUCUGACUUAAUGCCUGGCUAGUAUGCUUGAGGUUUAAAUGACUAUAGAGUCAUUAUGUAGCUUUAUAUCCAUAAUUGUUAUUAUUUGGAGGAGAAGACACCAGCUAACUACAGUUCUUUUUCUACAGUUUAAUAAGAUAUAUCUCUCAGGUACAAUCAUAAUCUGCCAUUACCCCAAAGGAUUGUAGGGGACCUAUGGGUUUUUAUUUUUGUGUGUUCUUGAAAGACUGAUUGUCAUAUAGUGUGUUCUGAUGAGGUGUUUGUGCUAUCUUCUAGACUCGUUUCAUAUUUUGAGUUUACGGUGCAUAUAUCAAAAUACCUUUGUUUUAUUGUCAUGAAAUAUCAACUCGACUUGGCAUUCAAUCAUUUGGAAAGAUUGUUUUUCUCAUAUAUUCUUAUCCAUCAGUUCCUACUUUUGUUGCUAGCUGAAGCACAUAUAAAAGGUUGAUUUUGCCGAGGGGAAAAAGGAGAGUAUAAAACCAGUAGUAGUGACAACAUUAGAGAAUGGUGAAACUCUUUGAUUCUCACUGUCACCUCCAGGACCCAAGAAUCUAUGCCAAGGUCCCACAGCUGAUUACAACUGCCCUUGAAACUGGUGUAGUUCAUUUUGCUGUAAAUGGGAUCUCUGAAAAAGACUGGCAUCUGGUGAAGCAAAUGAGCAAUCACUACCCUAGCGUAGUACCAUGCUUUGGGCUCCACCCCUGGUUUGUUCCCGAAAGAACUCCCAAUUGGUUCGCAACUUUGAAAGCAUUCUUUGAGUCUACUCCCUCCGCUGCAGUUGGCGAAAUUGGCUUGGACAAAGGUUCAUAUGGAAAGGAGAUCGAUUUUCAAGAUCAAAUAGAAGUUUUCAGAAAACAGCUUGAACUUGCCAAAGAGUUGAAAAGACCGGCAUCCAUCCAUUGUGUUCGUGCCUUUGGUGAUCUUCUUCAGAUUAUGAAAUCCGUAGGGCCUUUUCCUCACGGCGUAAUUUUGCAUUCUUAUAUGGGGUCUGCUGAGAUGGUUCCUGACUUUUCUCAACUUGGUGCUUACUUUUCGUUUUCUGGAUUCCUAAUGUUGAUGAAAGAAAGCAAAGCAAAGAAAAUGUUGAAGUCGGUGCCUUCUGAGAGGAUAUUAUUGGAAACGGAUGCACCGGAUGCCCUACCGAAAUCAAAUGGCGUGGAUUCUCUUUAUCCAGUUGAAGGAGAUGAUUCUCUCAAUCAGUCCAAAGAUGCAAGCGCGACAUCAGAUCAGCCUAAAGAAACUCUUAAUCAUCCGGCUAACAUCCAUAAUGUGCUCAAGUACGUCUCAUCGUUGCUUGAGAUGAGAGAAGAACUUCUUGCAGACUUGAGCUAUAGGAAUGCGAUACGCUUGUUCUCUUACGAAGGGUCGAAAGUACAACUGGAAGUUCUACAGAGACGUGGAAAUACCAGACAUCUUGAAGUUGAUUUCAUCAUAAACAAGGAUACCUGUAUCAACUUUUUACGCAGUAUAUCUGGAAGGUGGUAACUUAACAGGCAGUUAGUAGGCCGUAACUGGAAUAGCCAAAUGUUGGACUUCUUCCGCGAGGCUAACGAAGUGGUUGAUGGAAUGACUAACUCAGUUCCUUAUCUGUAAAUGAAACCUUGUGUAUUUAAAAGGCUAUGCCAACUACUUAACCUGUGGAGUAGUUUUUGAUCAUUUCACAGCUUUGUUACGAUUCCAA